AUGGCAAAUUCGUUGGCCUUUUGGCUUAUUCUCACUCUUUUCUAUUGUCUCUCUCUCGCCAAGGUUCAUGAGCCUGCUCUACCUUCCCUGCUCCCUACCCGUAACCAUGCUGUCGUUGAGCGGAGCCUCGACGAUGGAGACGUUGCCUCACUAUCGAGGCGAUCGGCUUCAUCAGUUGAGGAAGCUCGCAAGCUUGUGGAAAAGGGUCAGGUUGCCAUGGCAAGGGAGAAUGCCAGGAUCAUGCACAAAACCUCUCACAUGCCCCAACCCGGCGUCAUGGCCGCCAAGAAGCCCCAGAAGUCGGUAGUGGUUGAGCUGCAGUACGAGGAUGGGCCAAUACGCGCUUCUGCCAUGGGUGCCAGUUCCGAGAGUUUGCCUAGCUACUACGUGGUGCCGACAGAGCUCGUUGAGGCUGCGAGUAUCUUGGCUGAAGCUACACCACUACCGCAGGACGGCAGCCCCAAGUUUCUUGCCGAGUCUGAGACUGUCAGCUCCAAACGGGGCCAUGCCGACACGUACGCUAUGCCCCCUGUCUUGAGGAAGGGUGAUGGGCUACAUGAGUACGGCCCUGAGCUUGGACAAGCCUAUCGGUUCGGUGACAACAAGUCUCAAGUGGUCCAACCUGGGCAGACCAAGGAGAACGGCAGCCACGACGAGAAGAGGUCGGCCUCUCAUUGGUGGAUGGCCAGCAUCAAGCAGCGCGGGUCGAGUCCUUUUGCUCCCGAGGGUUACAAGGUUUGGAGAAACGUCAAGGACUACGGUGCCAAAGGCGACGGGAAGUCUGAUGAUACGGCCGCUAUUAACCGUGCCAUCUCUGACGGCGGUCGAUGCGGUCGAAACUGCUCUGGAAGCACUAUCCACCCAGCAACUGUGUAUUUCCCCCCCGGUGUCUACAUGGUUAGCAGCUCCAUCAUCCAGUACUACAACACUGAGAUCAUUGGUGAUCCUGUCGACAUGCCCCGAAUCAAGGCUGCACCCAGCUUUAUUGGUCUCGGUGUCAUUACCACGAAUGUCUACGAGAGCGACGACACCAAGUACCCCAGCAAACGAAACUUCCUUCGCAGUGUGCGCAAUUUAUAUAUCGAUAUCCGUUGCACCCCGAAAGAUGCCCAAGUCUGUGGUAUUCAUUGGCAGGUUGGCCAGGGAACAACGAUUGAGAAUGUCGUCUUCUGGGCCGAUACUUUACGAGACAUAACUCAGCAGGGCAUCUUCAUGGAGGACGGGAACGGAGGAUUCAUGUCCAACAUCCUCUUCCUAGGAGGCAAAUACGGUGCCUACAUUGGAAACAAACAAUUUACAGCCCGUGAUCUAUGGUUCUCGGACGUUCUGGACGCGGCGAUCCGACUCCGCUGGGCUUGGGGUUUGACACUGCAGGGUAUUAACUUUAAGAACGUGAAGACAGGUAUCAAGAUUAUGGAGAGCGGGGAAAAGACGGCAGACGAACAAGGCGUAGGUUCUCUCGUGGUGACCGACAUUCAAGGCGAGGCAAUGGACGCCUUCAUCACCUCCACUCUCUCAUUAGAAAACUCUACCUCGCUCAUGGUACAAAACGCUCUGAUGAACGAUGUUGACGCCUUUGUGACGGAAGCAGAGAGCGGAAAGGUACUCUUGGCUGGAGACGGCGACGCGGAGGAGAUCCUUCCCAUUAAGUCCUGGGGCUUUGGGAGGGUCACUGACACUUCAGGAAACACCACCUUUGUCAGCGGCGGCGAGGUCGCUGCUCCUAAUAGUGCAUCAAUGCUGACAAGACCUGGCCUCUCUAGUUCCAUCCGCGACACCGAGUACUACUUCACGAGGCAACGCCCCCGGUUUGUUAACCUUGGGGGCUGCGAUCUCGUCGAUGUCAAAGCAUGGGGCGCCAAGGGAGAUGGCAAGAUCGACGAUACCGUAGCGCUUAACCGCGCCUUUGAAGCAGCGGCUGACAUGUCGGCCAUCGUGUAUAUCCCGUACGGCGUCUACGUGAUCAAGGAUACCGUCACCAUUCCCGUUGGAUCCCGGGUUAUUGGUCAGGCCUGGCCUCAGCUGAUGGGGACUGGCGCCAAGUUUGAAGACAUAUCCAAGCCUCGACCUAUCAUCCGCGUGGGAGUUCCCGGAAAUCAAGGUGUGGCCGAGAUUCAGUCCGUCAUGUUUACAGUCCGAGGUCCAACAGCGGGUGCUAUUCUAGUCGAGUGGAACGUCCACGAGUCAUUCCAGGGCUCUGCUGGACUAUGGGACUCUCACUUCAGAGUUGGGGGUGCUGAGGGCAGCCAGCUUCAGGUUGUCGGCUGCCCCCAGCUUCCAGACGAGAUCAACCCUGCUUGUAUUGCGACAUCCCUUAUGCUUCACAUCACACCCAAGGCUUCGGCGUACCUUGAGAACAUCUGGGUGUGGGCAGCAGACCAUGAUAUCGACGACAAGAAGCAGGCCAGUAUCAACGUAUACGCAGCACGGGGUAUUCUCAUUGAGAGCACAGGCCCUACCUGGCUAUGGGGGACUUCGGUUCAGCACUGCGCUCUCUACCAGUACCAGCUUUCAGGUGCUGAGAACGUCUUUCUGGGUCUUAUCCAGACCGAAUCUCCCUACUACCAGCCCCAUCCUGCUAGCCCAGGACCGUUUAGUGAGCAGCUGGGCGCCUUUGCCGAUGAUCCGAUAUUUGACGACUGCCGACAAGAUUCCCGCUCCUGCCGGCUUUCGUGGGCGGCCCGCGUGAUAGAUUCCAAGACCAUCUACAUUCUGGGUACUGGCAUGUACUCUUGGUUCCAGGAGCAUGACGGCAAGUGCAUCGACAAUGGCAAAGGCGACUGCCAGGACAAGGUCUUUUACACGGAGCAGACGUCGGACAUCUGGGUCUACAGCCUCGUCGCCGCCGGUGCGGUUGAGAUGAUCAGUCCUUUCAACGGUCAGCCGGUCAACGCGACAGACAACCGCAACGGCUUCGCAUCCUCUCUACUCGCCUGGCGAGGGGGCAUCAACGGCACAACGGGCUGGCGAGACUUUGACGGCUACACUCUGUACAAUCCCGAUGCGGCUGGCAUCGAGAACUUUACAAAGGUUUGCCAGAAGGCGCUGACGGCCAAGAUCAAGUGCCAUCCGCUAACCCGGGACUUUACCGACGCCCGAGUCCACUGUCCGUUAGGCGGGGCGCCCUCCCGGAUGACCUGGGCUUGUGCAGACGGAUGCAAGAAGUCAAUUGAGUAUUGGGUCGAGUCAGUCGAGAAGCUUUGCAAGGGCCAGACUUGGUCCAACGGUGCCGUAGCCGAGUACCAAGGAGGUUACAUUCAGUAUGGGCUGAUGGAGCAGUGUCAGAAGGACGACAAGUCGGGCAGAUGGUGCAACGAUGUCUUGGCUGAGUUCAAGGAUUUCGGGACUUCUGUCAGUUGGGACGAUAUGCACAAAGAGGAGCUCUGCUCGGACUGCUACGUCGGACGGCUGCGGAUGAUGCAGGCCAGUCCCUACUCGGUCUACGGAUUGGUUUCCGAGUAUCAAGACGCCCUACAACACGUAACGGCGCGAUGCGGUCUCAAGGGCCAGGAUCUCAAGCCUCAGCCGUCGGUAUUCCCCACCAAAGCCAAGGCUGAGACGUGGUGCCUCUCUGAGAAGACAUAUGACACUCGCAAGGGGGACACCUGUGAUUCGGUUGCACAGAACUUCAGCAUCUCUUCGGCAUCUAUUGUUAUCGGUAACUCGAACAUCGGCAGGUGCUCUAAUCUUGACGCCGGUACCAAGCUCUACCUAUCGCUCGAGUGCAAGACGUAUACUCGUCAGAAGGAUGAGAGCUGCGUCGACAUCUACAUCAAGACAGGUGUCAGCCUCUCCUCCAUCAAGCAGUACAAUCCCUGGCUCACGAGGGACUGCAGCAACAUUGAGUCGGCGAGCAAGACAUACGGCAACAUUCUUUGUAUUUCCCCCGUCGGCGGCGAGUUUGAGAGCAAUGUGAACAAGUCGAGGGGAGCCGGCGGCUUCGGGCCUACCUCCGAGUACACGGACAAGGCCACCGCUCCUCCAGGAAAUGCGAAGCUGGCCGAGGGCACCACGGACAAGUGCGGUCGUUGGCACGUUGUUAAGCAGGGAGAAAGCUGUGCGAGCGUCACGCAAAGCUUCAUCACAGCCUCGGUCUUCCGGAUGGUUAACCCUUCUCUCCUAGGCGGAGAGUGUAGUGAGAAGCUGAUACCUGGCCGAGCGUACUGCACAGGGCCAGUCCGUGGCUGGGCUGAGAGUGGGGAGAAGAACUAA